AUGGUUGUGGCCACCCUGAUCCACGAACAUUACCGCUUCAUCAAGGAAGGAUACCUACCCGUCCCAGCGAAAGGUGCAUUAGUGGGCAUCCUUUGUCCUGAAUGUCCCACGCCUCUCCGUUAUUUCGCGGCCAGAGAGGAUGCUUGGACCAUCCAUUUAAAAAAUGAGCACAACUGGAGAACAUGGUGUUGCGAUCAAUUCAAUCACGAACACGCUUUAAUCAACGCUGGAGUACCCCGUCCGAUUGUUUCUGUGCCUUUAGACUGGGGCCCACAAAUAUCACCUUCCGGGGUCAUUCUGCAACCAAAGCCAGUGACCAACCCUUCCACCCGACGAGGGAAUACAAACCGGGCUUCCCAUCGGCUCGCAGAACUGCUCAACCCGAUUGUCGAAGUCGAAGCUCACCCUUUCUUAGGCCGACAGACUCCAAUCCUCCCACCCGAACCACCUCAGAUUGACUCCCUUGCAGGACCCAUACGUGCGAAAGUUAAGUAUCCUUGUCAGAGACCAUCACGGGGGCCUGUCGCCCGUAAUCAUCGGACGACUGGGAACAAAGGGUGCCCUUACCAAUACUGUCAAUCGUAUGGCUUGGGGGCGUGUUCCAAGCAUACUCGAGGUUCUGGUACUGGCCACCACCGCAUGGAUGAACCGGUACCUCCUCAUCUUGAUCACUCUCAACCCUUCACCGCGAGUACUAGCACUUCGGCUGCUGCUAGUACAUCGACUCAACCAACACCUGAAGUAGGACGACUUCGAACAGGAGGUGGUCGAAUUCACCAAUGGGCCCAAACUGCCAGCACCCUUGGCCGCCGCUUAGGAGUCGAAACGGUGACCAACAUUCAAAACGACCGCCGCGAGCGAUACCAAGCAGCUGAACGACAGAUCGCCAACAAAUACAAUGAGGCGAAAGUUGUGACGAUCCUCUUAUGGCUCAAUCUGACCCACAGGCAGGCUGAACAACCCAAUGUUGUUGCGGCCCAUUUUGAGUCAUGGCCGAAGGCAAGGCUUGAUGAAUCAAGCCUCCUCAUGCAAGCAUGCACGCAGGCAUUGGGACCGACAUGGAAUCGAGCACUGUCUUUCUGGGAUGACAGGAUUGACGCGUGGCAUGAAGCCAUGGUGAGUUUCCCUCACAGGUACCCCAAGGACGUUAAACUGGUCGUAGUACGGUCGCAGCACGUGGAUCCUAAAACCCCCGGCUUGCCACAACCCAAGGCCAGGCAAAUACCUACAGCUCAGAGUCUUACAGCUGUCAUCCCGAAUCCACCGGCAGAGCCGACCCGCACGCCUGUGAACGCCCCCAAACCAUCACGAGUUAGCACGGCAACUAUGCCAUUCAGCGCUGGAGCACAUCCCGAAUCUGAUGACGAUGACGAAGUGAUUGUGGUCACAUCAUAUAAGACUACCUUUGCCGACAAACGGGCCAGCUCACCAGAUUCCGAGGCAUCCGACGAGAUCGAGGUCAUCAAGAGUCACAUUGUCACCAAUCCGGCCAAACGCCACAUCAAACGUGAACAAUCUGAAGACCUCCCAAUUUUUGAUCCUUUUGAUGAGUCGCUGAUUGAACGGGAAGGAGUUGACCAAACCAUACCUGGUGUCCUCACGUUGACUUCUAUGAACCCUUCUACAAACCCUUCAACAAACCCUUCGACAAACCCCUUGCCAGUAUUGACUUCUUCAGCAAACGUUCUGAAAAAGAAGUGGCCCUCUUCAUCCGUGCUUGUUUCCACGCUGCUUGCGUGGUACAAGAAGUGUGAGACACAGCCUCCCCUACAAGCAUGGAAGGUCUUUUGGGGCAACGAGUGGGUUUUGGCAGUGUCCACUGUCUACAGGUACAGGGUGUGGAUAGAAAAGGUCGAUUACGACAGGUUCUUUCGCCAGUACAGCAAGUUUCCCCAGGCGACUGUCGGCGAAGCACGAAUCCUGUUCAAAAAGGAGUUCCAAACAAUUGCACACGGCACAAAGGAAUAG